GCGUGGUUUUACUGUAGACAUCUGGUUAAGUAAAACGCUCUCGGGAUAAACCAUGGAUCCACGGAUGCUGGCAGAACUGCUUGGAGGUGACCUUGAGAUAAUGACAACUUUUAAUCCUUCAUAUCCAUUAAAGUUCGAGAGGUUUGGCGAUGCAGACCCCAAGAAAGACCCCGAAUUUAUGAAGCACGUGGAAAGUUGUUAUUCUGCUGGGUGCCCGGUUUCGGGAGAAAUGAGUGCCAUGUCCAGUGUUUACUCCAACCAGCUUAUUUACAAGGCCGAAGAAAAAGCUCGCUGGGCUUAUUCUGCCAACGACCCCGUCAAAGAAGCAAAAGCGGCUCUGUCGAUGUCGCCAUACUGCCCAGAGGCUUACAAUGUCAUGGCUCAAAUGGGCUCAAAUACCUUCGAAGAAGCUCUUGAGUUCUACAACAAGGCUGUAGAAAUUGCUCCAAAAAUCUGCCCAACCUUUGCUUCUGAUGUUGCAGAGGGUCAUUGUUGGAGUAAAAAUCACUUAAGAAGUUAUUUCAGAGCUGUACAUGGGCAAGCUAACACACUGCGUAAAAUGGGAAGAAACAAGGAGGCUUUGAAAAAGUACCUCAAGCUUGAGAAGAUGGACAAAGAUUUCCAUAGCUGGUCCUCCUAUGCAAACUGGCGCUACCAUGUUCUUGAAGUAUAUAUGAAACUUGGUGAUGACAAAGGAGCCCUUUCCUUUGCAACUAAGAAAUCAAACCAAGAAGCAUUCACAUUAGCAUCAUCCGCUAGUGCAUGGCAUUGGAGUAUGGCACUGCUUGAUUAUAGAUACCGAAACCACAGGGGUUUUGCAAAAGAGUACUACAAAUAUAUAGAAGAAAUGCGUGGUCCUUCAAUCCCUCCUGUAGGAGCUAUUAUUGGUGCCUCCCAGGCCUCACGUCAUGUCUUAGACUUUUUGACAGGAGAGAGGAAGCUGCCAAAUUGCAAAAUUCCAUAUGCAAUGAAAGCUGAAAGUUCUUUGAGUAAUUCUGCUGUGUAUUGCAUGUCAAAUCUGGAGCUUUGGAGAAGUACCCCAGGGGCUAUUGAGUGGGCAGCAACAAACUGUUAUACUCAUUAUUGCCUCUGUAUGCUGCGAAAUGAGGUUGAAAUUCUGCAGCACCUUAAACUAGAGCCAACUUUAGAUGAGUUUAAGAAACUUGUCAACAAAGGAGUUUUCCUUGAAGCACCUACACCAGGGUUUGGUUCAAGAUUGAUCUGUGAAGCUAUUAAAUCUGAUGAUGUUGAUAAGUUAGAGGUUCUACUAGAUGCUGGAGCCAAAGUUACACCUGAUGUUCCUAGUAAUAUGCCUAAACCUCUUCAUAUUGCUUGCUAUUAUAACCAUGAUCCAGAUGUUAUAAAGAUGCUAUGUAAACAUGGUGCCAAUCCAACUGAAAAGUAUGGUGUUCAUUACAGUCCCAUCCAAAUGGCAGCAGAGCAAGGUGCUGUCAGGGCAUUAAAGACUGCAAUCAGUUGCUUACCAAAAGACCUGAAAGUCAGCCAUGAUGUGAUUAUGGAGGAGAUCCUUCUUGUUCUAUUCAAGACGUCUUGCUAUGACUGCAUCACUGGUAAAGGUCCAAAAUGUCAGCGAUGUCAGUACGACAAUAACCCUCACCCUAAGAACGCAUCAUUUACUGGAUGUGUUGAUGUUGUCAUGGAUACAGGAUACACGCCAUCAAAGAGCAUUCUUACUCACCUUCAUCAGGUGUGGAGCUUCAGACCAAAGCUGUUUACUUAUAUUCUUAAGAAGGCCAUCAAAACCUCACCCACCCUAAGUGCUUUAACUCACAUCACUUCAGAAGAAGCGUGGAGGAGAAUUUGUAGUGUUUGUGGAGAAGAAGAUGUCAAAACUAUGAUGUGCUCUGGAUGUCACUGCAUCCGAUAUUGUUCACGACAAUGUCAAAAGGCUGAUUGGAAGAAACACAAGAGAAUUUGUUUUUAGCUUUACAAAUGAACAAUACAUUGCCACACAGAAAUAUGAAUAUUAAUCUUUAUUAUUGUAUUGUUAAGUUGGACAUUGAAACCAGUAGAGACUUAUGUUUUUUUGGUAUUAUUUACCAUGAACCAAGACAGUUUUAUUUGACUAUUAUUAUAAUUUGUUGAUAUAGAUUAAUGGUUUCAGCAUAGUAUUUUUUGGACAAUAAUGAAGCCAUAUAUGUUCCUGUUUGAAAUACAAUUAUUGUAUUGUUAUAUCAUAAUUUUAGAUCAAGAAUUCAACACAAAGCUCCUAAGAUGUUAUAUUUUUCUUUUAUGUUUUACAAUGAGCUUUCCUAAGAAUAAUAUAUGAUUUUCAAUGAAAUGGAAAUGCAAAUUGAUUAACUUUGAUGAUUAACUUUUUAAGACAGUUCCAUUUUUAUUUAUAAAAAAUUAUGCUUA